AUGCACAAGAUCUCCAAUUUUACCGGUCAAGCUCGUCAUGGCUGGGAACGUAUGACGCCCGCCUUCGGAAUGUCACGGCCUCAUGCCGAUAUGCAUGCUGCCUCACAACCCCUUCGUCGUCCGCAUGUCGCUCCGGCCCUGACACCGCCGUCAACCGUGGAUCCCACCGUCAAUCUUUCCUUCAAUGUGCCUUUCUCGUCCCAUCUCGCCGGUCCGGAUGUCGAGGAGGUACUGCACGCCAGUCCCAGUGCCUUGCAGCGUUGGACCUUCCCCGAAGGCACUCCGGAGGGCACCCCCAUCCACAAUUUGCCUGUCCACGUCGACCAUGUGGAAGCGUUGAGAAAGCUAUGUCGGUCUGUUACUGAGACCAGUGCUGGACGGCUGGAAGCAAUAGUCAAUUCCUCCGAACCGAAGACGCUACCCUCUGUGCAACGACGACAGCAAAGCCUGGUUACCAAUGUCUGCCUGUCCGGCGAUGGAGAAACGGUGCGGAAAAUGAGAGCCAAAAUUCUGAAUGAGACGCCAAUCUCUCUGCGGUGUGCGAAUGUGGAUGUGGAUAUGCACCUAAUAAUGGAUACGUCGACAAAAGGCAUCCGUUCUAAUGUUUUGGAACAUCUCGAUACCCUCGCACAGUACACUGGCGCCGAUAUUUUCCUGCUUAGUCCUAAGAUGGUCGAUGCCGACAGUGCCGUGGUUUCCUCCUACGGGACGGAAAACAGCUUGGAGAAUCGUUUUCGAGUCGCUAUUUAUGGUGACAUGGAGAGUGCAGAACACGCCAAGACGAGAAUGCUCAUCAUGAUUGAUCAGAUUCUAAAACGACAUGUGGAUGCCAUGAAACUCGAAUUGACCAUGCAUACUUUGGUCUGUGGACGUACUCGCAAGAAUAUCAAACUGAUCGAAGCUGCAACCAACACUGCCAUCUAUUUCCCGCCGCCGUUUCCCCGCAUCUUUGGUUACACUCCCCCUGGUGCCCACCGUAGAAGUGAAGAUGAAGUGUACAUUACCGGAGAGAACAUGGAGAGCAUUGCCAGGGCUAAGCAGAAACUCCGUGAACUAGUGAUGGGAGUCAAGAUCUAUGUGAAGGACGUUGUCCUCUCUGCUAGCAAGAUAGACAACAUCUUGCUAGAUCGUCUUGACAAGGUUCGGAAGGUGAUGGAAGCCAAUGGCUCGUAUGUUCUCUUUCCACAGCUCGGUAGCCAGCGCGGUCUGGUCCGAGUCCAGGGCACCGAAGCUUUGCAUGUCGAACGAACUGUGCGGGAGAUAAUGGCUCUGGCUGGUCAAUUUUAUAGUGCCUCAUGGUGGAUCAUCAUUUCUGAUCCUUCCCAAGGAGGCAUGCGGCCACCGACUCCUGCUGAAAUUCGUCCUAUGCUUUCCGAUAUUUGUACGAAUUCGGACGCCGAUGUGAGUUUCGAGAAUAUGACAUUCUCCAUCAAUGGGUCAGAUGAUGCGGUCAAGGCCGCAAUGAAUGUUAUCUACCAGAUAACAUUUGUCAAGCGCAGCCCCUACCAGAUCCGUGUCAAAAUUGAACUCGCAAACGAGCACAAGGAGUUUGUUAGCGGUAAAAAGAACGGCAAGAUCAACAAGAUCAUGGGUCAGAGUAAUGUUCAGAUCAUUUUUGAUGGAUUCAAUGAGUAUAAUUUUUAUAUUGAUGUCUGCGGUACCCAGUACGAUGCUACCAAGAACGGGUUGGACUUGGUGGAGCAGGAGAUGCCGGCAUCUAUCUCCUUCCAUGUCCCUGACCAAUAUCAUAAGCGUAUCAUCGGUAUUGGUGGUCAGCACAUCCAACGUAUAAUGAAGAAAUACUCGGUGUUUGUCAAGUUCUCAAACGCAAUGGAUCGAGGUGGUAUUGGCAAAGAAGAUGAUGAUGUCAAGGUGGACAAUGUUAUCUGCCGUACCCCAGCUCGAAAUGCACAGAGCUUGGAUCUGGUGAAGCAAGAGAUUAUGGACAUGGUAGAAAAAGUGGACGCGGAAUAUGUUUCUGAAACUGUUCUCAUCAACCGUCUCUAUCACCGCGAACUUCUAGCCCGCAUUCGUGAGAUUGAAGAGCUUGAGAAGAAAUGGAACUGCAAAAUUGAGUUCCCAAGUACUGAGCUCGCGAGUGACAUCGUGACAAUUUCUGGACCCGAGUAUCAGGUACCUCAGGCUGUUGACGCCUUCUUGGGUAUGGUUCCUGAAAUCCACGAAUUAUCAUUCCAAAGCUCGGCAGAAUUGAGAGACUUCUUCAAGUCUACUGAAUUUGCUGAUGAUGUUCGCGGCAAGCUCAAGGAUCAGUACGAAGUCGAUGCUACCGUCGAUACGGCAGCUGACCUUCCCAAGGCUGGAGAUGAGUCUGCAGGAUCAUCUUCACCGAUUCCGGAGGAGCGAGUCGUACUUGGUUACACACGGAACAAUGCUGGAGGUCUGAAGGAUGCGAUCGACUUUUUGAUUUCUCGUCUUGUCGCUCAUGGACUUGAUGCCACGACUGUCAAGGGAGCAAUCCCGCGGCCCAAGUCGGACUCGUUUGAAGAGUCUCUUCCCUUCUUCGACUCCAAGUUGCUACAGCAUGCCCCAGCACCUCUAGUCACCGACUCCCCAACGCGUCCCAGCUUUGGAGACGAUGUUUCUGAACGUGGAUCCAUCUUCGAAAGGCUUCGUAAGCCUGGCAGCAUUUCGUCCUUCUCCUCAUUCAUCGGUCGUAAGAACCACUCUGCCUCACCAGCCUCGUUUUUCAAACAUGCAUCCAGCAACGCAUCCAAGGCGUCCUUGAUUUCCAUGGAAUCCCGCGACAGCGGUUAUCGCAAUCCAUGGAACGACUCUGGCGUUAACCUCCCCGAGGAAGAUCUUCAUCUUGUGGGUAGCUCCCACAGUCACAAUAGUAGCAGCAGCAAUGGCUGGCCAGCUCGCUUUGACACGAAAUUUCCAUUUGGCACUGCGCCGGGUGAUAUCACCCCGAAACAUGACCUUCGCGCUUCUUUUGAUUCUGGUCGUCCUAGUACUUCCAAUUCUACUUCUGGAUACCCGGCCCCAAUUGGGCCACCUCGUUGA